AUGCUCCAUACGGGCGUCUAUGCACAUCAAUUUGUGGCAAACGGCGAUAACCAGAUUCCUUUCUGGGCUCAUACCGAGAGUGUCAUUGGUGAGAUUGAUUUGUCGACGUAUGACUUCGGCGGCAUCGGCACUUAUGCAAGUGUGCCGUAUGAGAAUUGCUUUGUCGAGAAUGACUCUUCAGAGGGCUUCGAUAUUGCCAUUCUUGGCGCGCCUUUUGACACGGCAGUAACAGCACGUCCCGGGGCGCGCUUUGGACCAACUGCUAUCCGGACCGCCAGUAAGCGCAAGGCAUACGGCUACAGCAUAUAUACCGGCGUCGAUCCGGUCCACGACUGGGCCAGAGUCGUUGACUGCUUUGACGCCCCGCUGACAUUCCUCGAUAAUCGCGUUGCGCUCAAGACGCUUGAUCAAGCCCACAGGGUUAUUUCUGGGAGAUCGACGGCUCACCCUGACAAGUCAACUAUUCCGAGAAUCGUGACGCUAGGAGGCGACCACACGACAACUCUGUCAGCGCUGCGAUCUACACAUAAGCGAUGGGGGCCGGUGUCGGUUAUUCACUUUGACAGCCACAUUGACACCUGGGAUCCAGCAGUUUUAGGCGGUGGUAUUUCAGACUAUGCAGGAAUUAACCAUGGAACUUUUUUGCACAUUGCGCAUGAAGAGAAUCUCAUUCUCAACUCAUCGAUCCAUGCCGGCAUUCGCGCUCCGCUGACACGACGGAAGGCGGAUAUGCGAAAUGACAGACGCUGCGGAUUCGACACAAUCACUGCCCGGGAGUUGGACACCAAGGGAGCUCAGUCGAUCGUUGAUAGUAUCCGACAGCGCGUCGGUGAUAGCAACGUCUACAUCAGUGUCGAUAUCGAUGUUCUCGACCCUGCAUUUGCUCCUGCAACCGGUACUCCUGAGCCAGGCGGCUGGAGCACCCGCGAGUUGACGACCAUCUUGGCUGGGUUGGAGGGCUUGAACAUUAUUGGAGGAGACGUAGUAGAAGUGGCACCGGCAUACGAUGAUAAUGCCGAGACGACUGCACUUGCGGCUGUGGAGGUUGUUCACGCCAUCCUUGAGCUUAUGGUUGCAAAACCAGUCAAGGCGCCAAGGAAAGAAUGA